UCUCAUUUACUUUACUCGUCUCAGUCUAAACUAAAUUCAUGCUAUGCGCUCGAACCAAUAUUUACAGGAAUAUUGAGAAAGUUGCAUCACCGAUCUCAGCUUCAAGUAUUCAUCCUUCCUUGAGGCUUUCGUGUUUUCCGAUCUCAUUGUCAGUCUCGAUAAAUUAUCAACGCACGUAUAACUUUAGUUCCUGUGCAAACUGGCGUUCAGUGGUCGCCGGCAUUCAAAAAGUUUCAUUAUCUUCUUCCAAAUCUACUAUACUUUUGUCUUUGGAAAGGAAUGUUUUCUUUCUUUGCAUUCAACACGUAUUGCACUGCCUUCCAAUGCCUUGUAAAGCUUUGUACUCGUGAUUUACAGUUGUAGAGCUGUUGCGUAUAUAUCGAGCUUCUUUACCUUCGUCUUCCAGGUCUCGAGCCCUCCGCGAUGUCGUCUGAUUCGAAUCAACCCUCUAUUUCCCCUCCCAAGUCGAACAACCCUUACCGUCCAUAUUCUGCUGGAUACCAAACGAAACCGGACAAUGUCCGACCACCACGACCUGCUGCCACGACUACUAUCAGUGGAGCCUUUUUCGCAGGUGCUCACAACUUUGACAUAUACGGUGGUGAAUUCUCACAUACUGCUGGAAACGUUUACAAAACUAUCCGGAGCGACUAUUCGACUCGGAGUAACUUUGAUAACUCGUACGGCAACGAUUUCAGCGGUUCUGGAAACCUUGCGAAUAAUCAUAGUGGUGCUUAUAAUGACAACCGGGAGUACCAAUCUCAACGGUACGAUGUCAACUUUAGGAAUGCUACUUUCGUAUCUGAUGGACGAGGCCAAGGUCAACGUCCUGUCAGCCCUCGUCAGUAUGAACGCAGGUCAAACUAUAUUCACGAACCAUACCCUCAACAAGGUUAUCCGUACCGACAACAGCCCGCACUAGACGAACGUCCCAUCACAGCUCCCUCGAUGCUCGAGUCCAAUCAGGCCGUGCAUCAGCGCGAAUUCGAUCUGCAUGCUUUUGACCGUGUCUACAAUGUUCAUCGCGAACCGGAGGAAAAUUUGUCUUAUGACUCCAGGCGAAAUUUAGGGAAAUCCCGUACUUCGGCGGAAUCGCCGUCGCCUCACCCAGCUCAGGAAGAGAGUCCUAAAGUGCAAGACGAUAUCGCUAUGGAUGGUGGGGAUGGUACAGAGGGUGAAGGAGGGGGAGGGGAUCUGACCUCCGAACGUGAGGUCCAUCGUCCGAACACUGCACCGAUUUCUCAACAAUGAAGUGCGUUUUGAACUCAUGUCUGCGCAAGGCUUUGUGGCCCAUUAAAUGCUUCCAAGGCGCCCAUGCAUGUAUCUAUCGAAAUGAUUGGUCAAUGAUUACAGCGUAAACCUUUGUAUGCUAGUAGAAUGAUAUUUCUCCAGUUGUAGUUGUAAAAUAUUUUUCUGUACGUAGCCUUACUUCGUAAAGCUGAGCGCUGAGCGCUGAACAGUAAAAGUAGGCAGCGAUGAUGUUUUCACUUCACUCCUGCAAAUCUUUUUCUCGGACAGCCGGACCGAUGCAAGGCCGACUGAAUUUCUCAGGCAG